AAAGGUGCGCUCCGUGGCGCCAAAGAAGGGGCCGGGUUACCACCGAGGCCGGUCCUGAAUGGGCAGGUCUCCCCCUCUUCUCCCCCAAGCGGCGCUUUCCCGCCCCAGAGUGCCAAGAGGCCGAAUUUCGCGAUGCGCUCCCGGACCUUCUAAGAGGAGACAGCGCGUGGGCGAGUCCCUCCGGCGCCUUGAGUUGGAACAUUUUUAGAAAUCACCCUCUUGAAUGAAAGAUGAAGUUGUGGUACUUCCCAGGGUUCCUCAUAAUCAGUUUCCUGUACUUCUGGAUCCCAUCGUCCAUGUGCUGCAACAAAGCUCUCUGUGCUAGCGAUGUCAGCAAAUGCCUAAUACAGGAGCUGUGUCAGUGCCGACCUGGUGAAGGAAACUGUUCUUGCUGUAAGGAGUGCAUGCUUUGUCUAGGCACGCUUUGGGAUGAAUGCUGUGACUGUGUUGGUAUGUGUAACCCUCGGAAUUAUAGUGACACACCUCCCACUUCGAAAAGUACCGUGGAAGAGCUGCAUGAGCCAAUCCCUUCCCUUUUCCGAGCACUUACAGAAGGCGAUACUAACCUGAACUGGAAAAUUGUGUCCUUUCCCGUUGCAGAGGAACUAUCACAUCAUGAGAAUUUAGUCUCAAUUUUAGAAACUGUGAACCAUCCCCAGCAUCAGAAUGCGUCCGUUUCAAACAACGUUCAUCCUCCAUAUUCUAGUGAAAAAGAACGCAUAUGUACUGUGGUUUACUUUGAUGACUGCCUGUCGAUACACCAAUGCAAGAUCUCUUGUGAUUCUAUGGGUGCUUCCAAAUACCGAUGGUUUCACAACGCCUGCUGUGAAUGUAUUGGACCUGAAUGUGUCGACUAUGGGAGUAAAAUUGUAAGAUGCUCAAACUGUAUGUUCUGAAACUAAACCAUUCAAUUUUAAUAUGGCAGACACCAAAGAAUGUAUGUGGGGGGGGGGAGGAGAAGAGGGAGGUAUACUUUGCAUAUAUUACUUUGGAUGGUAUAGCUGCAGCACAGUUGAAAGGACCUAGACAUGUAUAAUAUUUUAAAUAUGUAAUUUUACACUUUAAGUUGUUGGAACAAUUAAUUAGUACAUGUUUAGAUUUGGUUUUGAUUGGGCAAUGUAUGAAGUUUCAUAAUUUGAAUUUUAUUUCAGGCUAUUGAUUAAUUUGCAAGUAUGACCUUAAAUAGAUUGAUCAUGAAGUUUUGCCAGAAUCAUAAUUUGGAGUUCUGAAUUAAAUUACAUUUUUGAGCUUUUCACAUGUGCCAGUUGUGAACUGUAAAUUGCUUUUAUAGACCAUGCAGAUUACCUGUCACUUCAGCAAUAGCUAUUUAUUUUUAAGAAAGAAAAGGAAUUUAGAUUGCUUUUUUGUUUUAAGAAUUUACCCUCCUUAUAAAAAAAAUGUAUAUAUUUAACUAUAUCCUUUUCAUUGCACCUUUCUUUUCUUUGCUUCCUUAACUCUUGACCUCAGCUAGUUUGUUUGAACAAAAUGGAAAGAGUUUGGGAUAUUACAUUAUAAAUCAUAGUAAUUCAGAAAAUUUAGAUUAAAACAAUAUGAGGUUUAGAUUAAAUAGGAAAUUAUUUUAAAAAUUAUAGUCAGUGCUAUCUACUAAAUUUUAUAUACAUUUUCCCAUUUCCAGUUAUAGAUUCCCAUAAUACACUAUUAAUUGUUAGUGUUAACAAACUGCUUAAUUUAUUACUGUCAUUUGCUGUUUAUGGAAACUAUACUUUUAUUUGAAAAUAUGUCUAGAAAUUGAUCUUUUUCUGGUUUUUAAUAAGUGAUUUCAUCCAGGUGAAGAUUGUAAAGAAAUGAUUAUUAUUCUCAAAGAUUACAGCAGGAUUUUUCAAACUUUUUCAGUGGAACCUAUUAAGAAAAAAAUUUCCUAGAAUUCCUGAUCAAAACACAAGGUUUAGUGAUAAAAAUGGGCUGUGUUCAAGUCUCCAUAGAAUCUUUUUUUUUUCUACAGAACAUAUUUAAACUAAUUCUGGAGGAGAGGAACAGUCAGUUGCUAAAUAGGGUCCUGUAAUUCCUGUUCCCAUCUCCAACAGAUGUUGGCGAUUUAGUCAAACUUGUUUCUACUGUUAUGCAUUUAUCAAGUGAAUUAACAUCACACAGCAUCACAUGGAACAGUUGUUUUCCAGGCAUUCAGUGCCCAGAUGAAAGUACCAGUAGUCCUUGAUUUAUGACCAUAAUGGAGCCUGGAAUUUCUUAAAUUAUGACGGUUGUAAGCUGAGGCACUCAUAUGAAUGGACCUGAUCCUCAUGUAUGUUUUUUUGUGGUUAUCAUUAAAGUGAAUGCUGCAAAUGUUAAGUAAACACUGCAGUUGGUAAGCAAAUCCAUAUAUUCCUGUGGGAUUUUUUUUUUGCCAGAUUCUGCCUGAAAAGGUCAGAAUAUUGUAAACAUUGUAAAUCAUGGUCAUGUGACUGUGAAAUGCUGCAACCAGCUAUAAAAAUGAUCCAGUUAUCAAGCACCUGAAAUGUGGUCAUGUGACAGAAGGGUGUGCAGUCAUCAAACUGGGUUGUAAGUAGCUUUUAAAUGGGAGGUUUGUCUUCAAACAAUCACUUGGUACGAUUAAGACAAAACAAGAUUACCUGUAUUGUAUAUUUCUACAUGUGAGCUAAGUUAACCGUUGGUAUAUUUUAUCUAAUUUAAGACUGUCUGAGUGGUAAACCUCAAAUGCUUUUCAUUCAGAACUAUUAUACAGUUGUAACACUGGAUUUCCAUGGAGAAAAGAUAUAUAAUUGCUUAAAGAAAGAAUCUGUAUAUACAGUGUUUCUUCUUCCUUUGAAUAUUCUAAUUCAUUUAUUUUGCAAAUAAGUGAUCUUACAUCUUUGCUGGCUGGGGAAUUCUGGGAGUUGAAGUCCACACAUCUGAAAGUUGCCAAGAUUGAGAAACAUUGUUGUAGACAAUAAUUCCAUUGUAUUAUUUUUAAUUUCUCCAAACAUUCAGGGCAACCAAUUAAAUGUUGUGGGCUGUAUCUUACGAAUUAAGAGAUAAUGAAAUCAGGAACUUGGGCAAGCACUGCAAGUACCUUCAAAUUUGGAAGGGGGUGGGUGGGAUUUAGUUCUCUCAAUUACAGCUUCAUUAAUACACAGAUGACCAUAUUCAGCAGCUCCGCCAACUCCAUGUAGAAUUCUUUGAUUUUAUAAUGUAGUAUUGACGGUACACUUUACGGUCUUGCUUCCUGGAAGAAACAGUAACAGUCCUAUGUAAUUUAACUUGAUUCUAUUUAUAACAGAAAAUUAUACCUUAAAAAUGGAGGACUGGUAUAACAAGUUAUGUAAUCCAGUAGCAUUUAGUCAAUUGGCAAUGUAUUGCAAUAGGAAAUCUGUUCUAUAAAGUGAGAAAGAAAAUUGUUCAAUUUAAUAGUCUCAAGAGUAAAAAAAAACUUUAUUUAAUUUUGAAUGCUCAGCCUGUAAAAUGCAUAAUUCUGAUUAUUUUCUCAUUCUGUUAUGGUAGAUUUGUGAGAUUAUUGUAAUAGUUUAAAAAUAUUGCAAGAAAUAAUUGAAUUUGGAAUAACUCUUUGUUGCUUAUUGUAGAAAUUCUUCAACCUUUAAAUAUAUAUUAGAAAGAGUGGUUCUGUUAAUCUAGAAUUCAUAAUACAAUUAAAAUCAUCUUCCAGAUAUGUAUGCAAUUACAGUAACAAUUUACAACUAUAUUAAGUAUUUUCUUGUUUUUUAUAUUUUCCAGGAAUUUUAAUAAAAAUUUUAAUAAACAA